CGGCGCUCUGAAAAUUGAGGAAGUGAAACUGUCUGAUAAAAGUCAUAUGAUCUGCCUGCCCAAUGUUAACAAGGUGCAGUGACUUUGGUUUCAAUAAAAACAGUGGACCAACACCAGCAGAUGACAUUUCACUCCAAAUCAUCACAGACAGUGGAAACUUAACACUGGAAUUUAAGCAACUUCAAGCUAUGAGCUUCUCCACCCUUCCUCCAGACUCUAGGACCUUGGUUUCCAAAUGAAAUAUAAAACUUGCUCUUAUCUAAAAUGAAGACUUUGGACCACUGGGCAACAGUCCAGUUCUUCUUCUCUUUAGCCCAGAUGACAGAAAGGAUAUACAACAGUGGCCUACUGACAUUUCUUAUUCUGAUUGGUAGUUUAUUACAGUGCUACUGUAAACCACAUGACUACAGGAGUAAAUCAUUGGCAGAAGUAUCCAAGGAAUUAUCCGGUUAUUCUGGCAUUGCCCAGAAAAUAAUAGACCUGGCUGUGUAUGGGAAAGCUCAGAACCGCUCAUAUGAACGACUUGCAGCGCUCACAGAUGAAAUCGGAAACCGAGUGAGCGGGUCAAGGAAUCUGGAUUUGGCUAUCAAGUACAUGUACAAUGUGUUGAGGCAGGAUGGACUGGAGAAUGUACAUCUAGAACCUGUGAAGAUUCCACACUGGGUAAGGGGACGGGAGAAUGCAGUGAUGGUUCUUCCUCGAAACCACACCUUGGCAAUCCUUGGGUUGGGGAGUAGUGUUGGAACUCCCAAAGGAGGUAUUGAAGCUGAAGUGUUGGUGGUCGAGUCUUUUGAUGAUUUGAAAAGAAGGGCAGGUGAAGCUAAGGGGAAGAUUGUGGUGUAUAAUCAGCCUUUUGUUAGCUAUGGGGAGACAGUGGCAUACCGUGUUUCAGGAGCCUCAGAGGCAGCUAAAGUAGGAGCAGUGGCUUCACUCAUUCGCUCCAUCACCCCAUUUUCCAUCAACAGCCCCCACACUGGGUGGCAGUGGUACCAGGCAGGUGUAUCUCAGAUCCCCACAGCCUGUAUUACGGUGGAAGAUGCUGAGAUGAUGGCCAGGAUGGCACACAGAGGCACAAAAAUUGUGCUGCAUUUAACUAUGGAGGCUCAGAAUCUUGAAUACGUGGACUCCUUCAACACAGUGGCUGAGAUAAAAGGCAUUGAGCACCCAGAGCAAGUUGUUUUGCUGAGUGGCCAUCUAGACAGUUGGGAUGUAGGACAGGGGGCUAUGGAUGAUGGAGGUGGAGUGGCUAUUUCUUGGGAAGCCUUGUCUCUCAUCAAAGACCUGGGAUUGCGUCCUAAGAGGACACUGAGGGCUGUUCUGUGGACUGCUGAGGAAGCAGGCGGUGUGGGAGCUUUGCAAUACUACAAUCAACACAAAACAAACAUUUCCAACAUUGACCUUGUGAUGGAGUCUGAUAUGGGCACAUUUGCCCCUGUUGGACUGCAGUUUACUGGAAGUGACAAAGCCAGAGCCAUUAUGAAGGAAGUAAUGAAACUGCUGGCACCCAUUAAUGUAACAUCCCUAGAGAAACAUGGAGAAGGAACCGAUAUAAACAUGUGGAUGCAGGCUGGUGUACCAGGUGCUAGCCUGCAUACAGCAGACAGCAAGUACUUCUGGUUUCACCACACUGAGGGUGACAUGAUGACCAUGCAGAACAAAGCCGAGAUGAAUCUCUGUUCAGCUGUGUGGGCCGUGGUGUCGUAUGUUGUGGCAGACCUUGACGAAAUGCUUCCCAGAUAAACUUUUCUCGACUUUAACACUAAAUAUUUCCACUUGCCAAACAUAACAAAAAGAAUUUGAACGGAAAGAGAUGGGUUUUUUUAGGCUUUUGGAAUUUGCAUUUAAUUUUACCAACACUGGUUUUAUCUUUAGGCACUUUUCAAUGAAAAACAAUGCAUAUGAAAACCACUGUGUACCAAUUCGUCUCUCACCCAUAAGCCAUCACUACUCUACACAAUCAGACCUUAUUAAACAGUUAAUUUUGAAUAUUA